AAUCAAGCUUGCCUUUCUGCCCUUCCGCCUGUCAAACCAGACCUCUCGAUGGAAUAUUCGCCACUUAAAAAGGCCAUUAGAGGGGAGGCUUGGAAGCAUAGUCUUAGCGUCCACUGCAGCCUCCACCCACACCCUUCUUGUCCCUGACCACUUGCAAAAACAACGACGAUGCCGAACACGAACUCGAACGCAAGGAUCCGCCCCUGGCGUAGUGAGCACCCUCGCGACGCCCGAGAGCAUGGAGAACCUUCAAGAGCUGCUCAUUCGCGAUGGCGAUGAGCACCACUGUUUCUUCGAUGACCGCGGUCUCCACACCCACCUGCCACAACGCCUCAUUGCUGCUUGUGACAUGGGAGGCUCUCCGCAGCUGCUGGAGAUCUACGCACUGGAGGCGCGAGACCAGCGUCCCCUCGGGUUGUCCGGGCCGCCGCUGGACGAUGGGCGAUGGCUUUCGCGGCUCGGAGAUCGGAGACACGGCGCGGCAAAGACCCUCGAGGAUUACUUGAUGGCGCCGGAUGCCAACUUCAACGGAGCGUCGAUGCUCGGGCUGCUCUUUGGGGGUGCGAUGCAUCCCCUCAUUCACAUCGGGUGUGGUGUGGAACUAGGCCUCGACUCCUUGGUGGCUCAAGGUCCUGCGAUGUGUGCUGGAACGGAGGACGACUUCUCGUUCGUUGUCGCCGACCACUGGUCAACGGCGAUGCCCAAGGUUCCCGAUGUCCCCACCCAGGGCGUCACGCUCUUCUCGAUUCUCCGCCAAAUGUACGAGUCGCCCGACCUGUUGUCUCUCCUGCCCUCUGCGACUCGCGCACACGCACGCAUGCGCUGCGCGGCUUGUAUGUACUCACAGUGGUCCAUCGACACGACGCUGGACGGCGCGGCGUUUGACGCGGAGAUCGCGAAGCGCGUCGAGAAAGCGUACUGGCAGGCGAUGCUGCUCGACUUCUACCUCAUGCACACGCUCACCAGCGCAAUCGUCCUGCCCCGCCUGCUCCGUGCGCUGCCGCAGAAACUCCACAAGGUCCAGCUGCUGCAGGGAUACGCCCGCACUUGCGCACUGUGGGUCAUCGCGCGCGGGCGGCCCCGUGUCAACCCCUCGCUGCUGAUGUCGUACCCCAAUCUCCCUGUCCCCGCGGGCCUCAAGACCAGCACCGCUACAGAUCCGUGGGCCCAGCUCAUCACCAACGCGCUCCAAGACUUUGACUCGCAUGUCGUGAAGACUGUCCGCGCGUUGUAUUCCGGGCACAUUCACUUCGGCAAAGUCGCCGCGGGCCAGGUCGUCGGUGCGUUCGACGAGAGCGGCAGGGAGACGCACCCGGGUCUUUCGAAGCUCGAUGGGACGGCCUGGAUCCGCGCGGCGGGCAUUACCUGCUCGGCCCUUGGCUGGAUGGGAUUCGGCGAGGAGGCGGGUCGGUGGGAUCGCAGUGUACUCGGCUUGGAUGCAGCUUGGGAGUAG